AUGCUUCUCCUUUUGUGGUCGUUGCUGCUGGUGUGCUUAACCGCGUCAAGUCAGGCAUACAAACCGCUUUCUCCAGCAGCCCUUUCGACUCUUAAAGAUCAACAUCAUUUAGUUCAAGAGUAUUCAGAACCCUUAUUUAUUCCUCGCAUUGCUGGAACUCCGGGUAAUGCCAAAGUACGUUCCAUCAUCGUCGACCAUUUCAAAUCUUUGCAGUGGGAAGUGACCUUGGAUACCUUCACUGCAGCAACGCCCGUUGGCGCAGUCGAAUUUUCCAACAUUGUUGCGACAUACAACCCAAAGGCACAAAAGCGGCUUGUGUUCUCGGCUCACUACGACUCCAAGUACUACGAAGACUUUGAGUUUAUUGGUGCCACUGAUUCCGCUGUGCCAUGUGCAAUGCUGAUGGAGUUGGGCGUUGCACUUGACGACGCGUUACGCCGCGUGGGUAAAAGCAGCGACACGACUUUACAAUUGGUGUUUUUUGAUGGUGAGGAGGCGUUUGUUCGUUGGACAGAAGAAGAUUCGAUUUACGGAGCAAAGCAUUUGGCAGAGAAAUGGCACUCAACAGGUGACCUCGAAAAGAUUGAUGUGCUUGUUCUCCUCGAUCUUUUAGGAGCACCCAACCCUUCGCUUCCAAAUUAUUAUCCAUCAACAAGCUGGUUAUUUGAGAAGCUAGUUGAAGUUGAGCAACGAUUGUACAACACACAAAUGUUUGAUUCAAACCAUAUCUUGACAUACAAGGGCUAUGUAAUGCAAGAUGAUCAUUUACCGUUCCUUCAGCGCGGUGUUGAUAUCAUUCACGCUAUCCCAUACCCAUUUCCUGAAGUUUGGCAUCAGCAGCAAGAUACCCCCGACAGAAUUGAUUUUCGUGUUUCUCAAGCUCUCUCGAUUAUCUUCCGUUGCUUUGUGGCUGAAUAUCUGGAAUUGCCAAUUAAUAUUUAUCAUAGUGAGCUGUAA